AAAUAGAAGCAUAUUACCAAGAAGAAUAUCAAGAAUAUCACUCAUCGCCACUGAACGACGAAACAGAAAUGAUGCUCUUAGGAGGUCCUGGUAUAUUACGGUUUUUUUAUUCAUCCAAAUCUCUACCGGGACCAAACAAAGUACCUGAUGAUGCAAUGAUGAUUAGUAUUGUUGAUGACUAUGAUAAAACUUUUCAUCAACAUUAUUCUAAAUUUAAGGGGGUUCAAUUGAAGGAAUACGUUUAUGAUAAUA